UACGCUUAACGCCGGGGAAGAUACAAUAACAUACAAUCUCCGCAGCGCGCACUUGUCGAUGGCACCAUCUAAGUGUCUGUUAUGGCUGUAUAAUUGCUCGUAUAUUCUUUAUAACGACUGGCACGCAAUAUGCAGCUGAUUUACUGACAUUCCAUAUUAUGACAGUGCUCGAGGCGAACACCACCCUGUGGAUGCGCGCGUAUUUGCAAUUAAUUGUGGUAUUCUUGUUGUAAUGGUUUUUGCGUUCCAUCAUAGUACCCGGAGGAAGCGCGCAGGGCAACUGGGAUGCGGUGGGGAAAAGUGUCUGGAUUUACAGGUCGUCUCAUGAUAAUGUAGAAAAAUGUGGAAUCCGUGAUGAGAGGGUGAUGUCUGAGCCGGAUGGCGGUAAUAAAAUCGCGCUUACCCGAUAUUCUCUGCGUGUGCAGUUUCCUGUAUUUGCUCAGUCAUCUUCUGUGCAUGAGUCUGGCGUCCAACUGCUGGGGUCACGGCUGCUUGACCUCUCUAGUGGAUGUCACUGAUUUCAUGGAUCCCGGUUGGAUUCUUCUGGACGGCAUCGCCCUGCCGGUACUGCAGUUAUGUGCCUGUGGGGCCCUGCGGAAAGCCCGCAAUCCAUUACCCGGCGAGAAAGUGGACCCACUCGGAUUCGGUGCACUCCUUUGCCUGUUCCUCUUCUCCAUUACGUACAUGACCUCUACGUUGAUCUUCAGUAUGUGGAUGGGCAAUUGGAAUUUGCACCGGGUGGCAUUGCUUAUCUUUCUGUCGACCGGCGUGAUGACCAUCACCACGGCGGUGCUGGGAACGAUGCGGCGCAGUGCCCAUGAGCGGAUGCCCGGCAGUCGGAUUAAUACGUUCGAGGGGGCGGUAACAGCGGUGCAGAAUCUGAAUGCGGAUAAUUUGGUGGUCCACAGUGCACGGAUGGUUUGAGAAUAUAUGUUCAGCUGGUUUUUCCUGUCAGUAUUUUGAAAGGUCGCUGUAUCGAUUUAUUUGCAGUAUGCUCGUUCAGAUCCUCCAAUACUGAUGGAUCUGCAUGUGUGAAACUACGCUUGCCAAUUCAAUUAAAUUGUUGCUUUAUUGGGUGUGCGGCGGUGUGCCAUACAUAUCAUA